CACCGCCUACCGACAUUGUGAUGGAACUGCUGUUCUAGUGUACAACAGCAUUUAAAAUUUAAAUGCCUCCCCCUUUAAAAUAAUUUCGACGCUAAAACAAAUAGACCAACGACAGUAAGCUAGAGAAUCAAUCCAACCGGGGAAUCGAAAGGUACUCUUGGGGAGAGGGUGGUGGGAUGACCAUACUGCGUGAAACAGGGGAGAUAGACCACCUUGUUGGACAUCAUUGUUUCACUGCAGAGUGGACCCAAAUAUUAAAAAGGAAAAAGAAGUCCGAAAUGAACGGGGACAUUGUAUGUGGCCAUUCCAUCACCCUUUUAAGCCCCAGCAAGUCAAAGUCACCUGUCCAUGAUGAGAUGACAAUAAAACUAACUCAAGAAGGAAAGUGUCCUGGAAGAUGUUCUCUGCAAAAUGACACAUCAAAGCCAGGAGAUGCCAGGAGACUUAACCCAGCUAACUCGGAUACCUGUGUUUUGACUCUGACUGAGAGGGAAGGUUGUCACAGUCAGCACCCUCCUUGCUGGACAGGAGACCUUGCCUCUUCUCAGCAUCACUACCCUCCAGCUUGCCUUCGUUCCCCAGACGAUCUCUCUCCUCCACCCAGCAACAACGUCAUUCACAACCCAUUCCUCGCCAACAACUCCGCUCACCUCAACAAGUACAGAAGAGGCAUCCGACCUAGGGUCAAAGGGAAGAAGCCUGCGUUCAGAAAUGCAGAGAAUUCACAAAACCGUAAAGUAACUGACUACUAUCCUAUAAGACGAAGCUCCAGGAAAUGUAAAGCAGAGCUGAAGUGUGAACAAAAGAAACACAUUGAUGAUCUAAUCACAAAUGGGAUAGAGGAAGGAAUGGAGGUUCAGCAUAUAGAGGGGAAGGGAAGAGGAGUAUUUGCAACUCAGAGUUUCCAGAAAGGCCAGUUUGUGGUUGAGUACCAUGGCGACCUGCUGGAAAUCACAGAUGCCAAGCAAAGAGAGAUGGAGUACGCUCAAAACCCCGCCACCGGCUGCUAUAUGUACUACUUCCAGUACCUGUGCAAAACAUACUGCAUUGAUGCCACAAAAGAGACGGGUCGCAUGGGCAGGCUGAUCAACCACAGUAAACUGGGCAACUGUCAAACCAAACUCCAUGACAUCAACGGCAUACCUCACCUCAUCCUUGUAGCAUCUCGAGACAUCGACGAGGGAGAAGAGCUGCAGUACGACUACGGGGACCGCAGCAAAGCCUCCAUCGCUGCACACCCGUGGCUCAAACAUUGAUGGAGAGAUCGGCUCAAA